CUUCUUUAGCGCUGUAUGCACCAUGCAAGACCAUCAUGGAAGGUACGAGGAGGUUUCGCUGCCGCCUUGUCGCACAUGAGGUGAUCCUUUGCAUGUGAGAUGGACUACGGCUGGUGUGGUUUGGCCGGCUUAUUUGCCAUUCUCCUGCUUGCUGGGGCUAUCUUCGGCUUCAUUGUGAUCUUUGAUCUUUGGAGUUGGAGGGAUUGGAGGAUUCUCUACGCCUCAGAGGUGUUGGUCCUCAUCGUUUUUCUUCUGUUGGCACUGGUUCUGGCAAAAGUCUUGGCAACUGUAGUCCAUCUCGUCGCCACCUGCUGGAAGAUUCACCAAUACAGAGCCCUCAUACAGACUGCCGUGCACGAGCAGGAGGAAAGAGAGGAUGGUGGACGCGCAGGACGGCCAGUACGAAAGGUGCUUAUUUGUCACGCAUCUGUCGGUUCUGGACAUUCCCGAGCUGCCCAGGCCCUUGCAUCUUCGUUGCAUCGGCUUGAUCCCAGUGUGGAAGUAAAGCUGGUGGACCUAAUGGAGCCGCCUUACGCAGACCGAACUCUGAUCUACUUUUACAAAGAUUGGUACCUUCGACUUGUUGGAGGUGAGACGGUCUGCGGAAACUUGGGUGGUCACUUUGUUGGCUUUCUCUUUGACCGCGCGAACAAUGUCCAUGACUCCUUUACUGGGGGCAACGCCCUGCAACGCCGCCUAACCCAGAGCUUCCUGCUCAAUUUUCUUCAGCUCGUGUGCGAGAUGAAGCCCGAUAUCUUGGUCCACACGCACUUUCUAGCGCCAGAGCUGGUGGCAUCUCUUCGUCGAAGGCAUGGUUUCAAGGUCCCACAGGUGACCGUUGUUACGGACAUGGAUGUUCACGCGUGGUGGUACCAGCAGCCAACUGACCACUACUUCGUGCCGAGAGAAAGUGCCAAGUUCCAGCUAGUCGCAGAUGGCGUGCCGGAAAGGGACGUUACAGUGAGUGGGAUACCGAUAAUGCCUCAGUUUCAAGACACGCUGGCCUCCAUCAAACAUCUCUCGAAAAGGGAGGCUCGACAGCGCUUUGUGGAGCGGAUGGAUGCACCGCUUCAUGAUGCGUUUCUUCCUGACUGUAACAGACCUGUCAUUGUGCAAAUGUCAACCGGAAGGACCGUGCUUGGCAUCUUCAACAGCUUGAUUCGGCUGGAGACUCCUAUUACGCUAGUGGUGGUUUGUGGUCGUCAAGCAGAUGCUAGGGCACAGUUGGAGAAAUUCGAAGUUCCGGAGCGGCAUCGCGUGGCUCUUCUUGGAUUUACGUCGUGCAUCCAUGAACUCCUGGCUGUCGCUGACGUUGUCAUCUCCAAGCCUGGCGGACUCAUCACCUCAGAAGCGCUCGCCUGCAGCCUUAUGAUGGUUGUUGUCGAUCCUUACCCGGGUCAAGAAGAACGAAACGCAUCAAUGCUUUUGGAGGAAGGAGCAGGCAUAUGGAUUUGGGAUUAUCGAGACAUUCCUUAUAGGAUGGAUCGCAUUCUUGCCGCACAUCCGACAUCGAGAUUUUCGCUGGCAUGGUACCGUCAGAAUGCUGCACGAAUUGCGAAGCCGGACGCCACUUUUACUGUCGCAAGGUACGUUCUCAGCAAUGCGCCUCGACAGAGGAUGAUGGAGGAGGACAACAGAAUGGAAUCUGACCCGGAGCACUCCAACACACCGCCUACCCACACUCAGCAGACGUCGACUUCCAUGUGGACUGCGUUGCCUUUAGUCAGCAGUCGAAGCGCGUUUGAGGACUGCAUUGGCGGCAGAUUGGAGAGACGAGAAACAGCGCCGCGUCGUCUCAGCAUGGAGGAUUUCUCACAGAUGAAGAUGUUGGAUGCCAAUGCGGUGCCCCACAUGGGCGACAGCGAUGACAGCAGCGACCCAGAAUCCAGCGACAGUGUGCCUUAACGGCAGGCCAGGACCACGUGGCCCGAUGGACAAAUGUCCGGCCCACGCACGGAAGCGGCCGCCUACAGCUUGUGCAUUGGUCAAAUAAUCAGAUAAAUAUGCUUGACAAAGUUAUGGUAGUAAUGUUAGAAUUGGGUGCAUGCGUCUCACUCGAGAUCUCUUGUGCAAGAGAAGUGGAGGG